AUGAGCGAUCUCGACAAGGCGAUCGCGCAACUGCGCUCAUGCCGGCCCAUUCCGGAAGACCAGGUGCGGGAGCUCUGUCACCGCGCCAGAGAGCUUCUGAUCGAGGAGGGCAACGUCGUCACCGUGACGGCGCCGGUAACAAUAUGCGGUGAUAUUCACGGCCAGUUUCAUGAUCUGAUGGAGCUGUUCCGCGUCGGCGGCGAUGUCCCCGACACGAAUUAUCUCUUUAUGGGUGACUUCGUCGACCGUGGUUUCUACUCUCUCGAAUCAUUCCUGUUAUUGCUUUGUCUCAAAGUCCGAUACCCAGAUCGGAUGACGCUGAUCCGCGGCAAUCACGAAUCUCGCCAAAUAACGACGGUAUAUGGCUUUUACGACGAAUGCCUUCGAAAAUACGGCAGCGCAAACGUAUGGCGCUACUGCUGUGAUGUUUUUGACUAUCUCGCCCUUGGAGCCAUAGUUCUGGGGGCGUCUAGCACUCUAUCACCUGGCAUGCCGGAGGACGACGACACCGAAAUCGAAGUCUGCGACCAAGCAGGCUCCAUCAUCAGCCGCUUCCCUCGCCAGCGCGCCAACCAAUCAGCUUCUCAAGAGAAGCUCGAAGCUCCUAAUAAAAGCACAGCAGAUAAGACUGGCCCGCCUGGUUCAGGAGCGUCAGGGUCCAGCAGUGGAAGCGUGGGCAAUCCGACAGGGGCCAUUCUCUGUGUGCAUGGUGGACUGAGCCCGUUGGUCGACACAGUAGACAAAAUACGGCUCAUUGACCGGAAGCAGGAAGUCCCUCAUGAGGGAGCCAUGUGUGAUCUACUGUGGUCCGAUCCAGACGAAAUUGACGGUUGGGGGCUUUCGCCCCGAGGAGCUGGGUUUCUAUUCGGAGCCGAUAUUGUCAAGGUCUUCAACCAUCGAAAUGAUCUGAGUCUCAUUGCUCGUGCACACCAGCUGGUCAUGGAGGGAUUCAAGGAGAUGUUUGACGCCUCCAUUGUCACCGUCUGGUCAGCUCCAAACUACUGCUACCGAUGCGGCAAUGUUGCGGCCGUGCUGGAGCUUACCGAGGAUGAGUCAGGUACUGGCAUUUUCCAGAGGACAAACGGAGAUGUAGGCCGCAGUUCUGGCGCCGUUAUCGAGUCGAGGGGUGGCCCGAAAAAUGGCCCUGCUCGACGAUAUCGGGUAUUCCAAGCUGCGCCCCAAGACUCUAGGGGGAUGCCAGCCAAGAAGCCAGUCGCUGACUAUUUCUUGUAA